AUUCGAUUCAUCUCGUUGGACCCGAGACGCAGCUGGCUUGGUGGCCCUCAAGCUGGAAGGUCGACAGUGUAUUUGGAAGGGAGCGCUUCAAGAGGAGGUCGCGUUCAUGAAAAAGGAUCUCGAAUUCGACCCUAUCGCUGAGGACGAUAACUUUCACCG